AUGUCAAACUCCUCCAGAAAGAAGCUCCUCUUGAUGGGCCGGUCUGGCUCGGGCAAGUCAUCCAUGAGAUCGAUUAUCUUCUCCAACUACUCGGCAUUCGACACCAGAAGACUCGGGGCCACCAUAGACGUGGAACACUCCCACUUGCGGUUCUUGGGCAACAUGACUCUCAAUCUCUGGGACUGUGGUGGCCAAGACGUGUUCAUGGAUAACUACUUUUCCAACCAAAAGGACCACAUCUUCAAGAUGGUACAGGUACUCAUCCACGUCUUUGACGUCGAAUCCAAAUCCAUCAAUAAGGACAUUGAAAUCUUCGUGAAAGCUUUGACAAACCUCCAAAAAUACAGUCCGGGAGCCAAGAUCUUCGUGUUGCUCCACAAGAUGGACUUGGUGCAGAUCGACAAACGGGAAGAAUUGUUCAACAUCAUGAUGGAGAAGUUGCAGAACAUCUCCAACCCAUAUCAGUUCAAGGUGGUGGGGUUCCCCACCUCCAUCUGGGACGAGAGUUUAUACAAGGCAUGGUCCCAGAUCGUGUGUUCGUUGAUUCCCAACAUGAACUUGUUCAACAGUAAUCUUAUCAAGUUCAACCAGAUUCUCGAUGCAGAGGAGAUCAUUCUCUUUGAAAAAACUACGUUUUUAGUGAUAUCAUCCACCACCUCCAUCGAAAACGAACUAAACAAAGACCUGCAGCCCGAGUUGGAUCCCAAGCGGUUUGAGAAGAUCUCUUCAAUCAUCAAGACGUACAAGCAGUCAAUAUCGAAGCUCCGGACCAACUUCAGUAACUUGAUCAUCAGAGGAAGCAACGGCAGUCAUUUCUACAUCGAUAUUCUCACUGACAACAUGUUCAUCAUGUUGAUUUUGAAGGACAAGGAUAACCACAUAAGUAGCACCGUGCAGCACGAGGAGUUGCUCAUUUUGGAGAACAUCAAAGCAGCACGGAAGUGGUUCGAGAAGAUAGAGAACGGGAACGUGUAG